ACACUGAAGUAUACUGGUCGCUAUACUGCUGCCUCCUGUAACACUGAAGUAUACUGGUCGCUAUACUGCUGCCUCCUGUAACACUGAAGUAUACUGGUCGCUACACUGCUGCCUCCUGCAACACUGAAGUAUACUGGUCGCUAUACUGCUGCCUCCUGCAACACUGAAGUAUACUGGUCGCUACACUGCUGCCUCCUGCAACACUGAAGUAUACUGGUCGCUACACUGCUGCCUCUUUCACCGCUCCAAACACGAAAAUGAUGGGAAUGUCAGCGUUACUAAGUGUAGCUGUGGCGUGCUUGACGGCCGAGGUGUGGGCAGGAGAGGGCGAUGUGUGGGCAGGAGAGGGCGAUGUGUGGGCACGAGAGGGCAAGGCGUGGGCAGGAGAGGGCGAUGUGUGGGCAGGAGAGGGCGAUGUGUGGGCACGAGAGGGCAAGGCGUGGGCAGGAGAGGGCGAUGUGUGGGCACGAGAGGGCAAGGCGUGGGCAGCAGCGUCAUGGAGUGGGGCAUGGGAUGAAGAGGUACACUCGCCAGGGGCAGCCAUGUACGAGGGCAUCAUGGAGCUGGGCAGACAGUCUACAGUAUACAGCUUCAACUUCAGUAACCUGUUCAUCAUCUUCGCUCUGAAGGUUCAUGGGGUACUCGCUGGAGAAGUAUGAACGCCUGACGUGGGACAUGGAAGAUGCUAUACACUUCAGGGCUGGUGGUGGCUCCUGUCAUACCCGCUACCCCUGUCACAUCAUGCCCAGCCUCUAGCCAUGCUGUUCACCUUUUCGUAUUAUUCACGAGGAAGAGCUAAACCUGUGGGGGUUAUAUGGCGCCUGGAGAAUGAGAAGCAUUCAGGUUCGAUUCUGGGAAGAGGUUAAGUCUUGUUCAUUGGAUCAAGUGUCCCUCUCGGGCAUCUCCUGAGGGGUAGCUAUGUUGCCACAACAUGUGAACCCCUCAGGGAAGGUUCCUUGACACUGGUGAAGGAUCUGACAUAGGGAAUUGGAACUGUGAUCCAGUUCCCUGACUUGAGUCUGAAUACCUUCCACCUCCCCCCACAGGUGCUGUAUAAUCCCUACGGGUUUAACGCUCCUCCAUGAUUAUAAUAAUGUUAACAUAUGUUAACUGUAUGUUAACAUAUUUGUUCGUGUACAAGCACCUAAAGUCGGUUCCUGACCAGCCGGGCUGUGGCUCGUACGUUGGUUUGCGUGCAGCCAGCAGUAACAGCCUAGUUGAUCAGGCUCUGAUCCACCAUGAGGCCUGGUCACAGACCGGGCCGUGGGGGUGUUGACCCCUGGAACUCUCUCCAGGUAAACUCCAGGAAAUAUACCAUUUUAAUUAGCUUGACAUACAUCCAUAUAUAAUUAUUCAUGUGAGUCGAUCAGCAUUUUAACUAAUUCUACAGGUUUAAAUUAGCAUUAUGUAUUAUAGUUAUGUCUCUGUUAUAUAAUGUACAAAACUGUUGUUGUUCUUGUUAGCAAGAACAAAUAUUUAUUAUCUAGUUGUGUAUAUGUUGUAGGCGACUCUUAUCACACUUCAAUAUUGUUGCUGAAUUGCACUAAUGAUUGCUAUUGUUGCUGUUUUAGUCGUAUUAUCAGUAUAUUUAUUAUAAUUACUAUUAAUUAUGAAAUUAGUUGUUUAGGUAAUUAUUAUUAUUGUGUCAUAAUACUACUGUAAUAACCACUAUAUUAGUACAGUACUGUAUAUUUGGUAUUUACGAAAAAAAUUUAAACAGUUCUUAAAUACGUAUUUUGAUAAAUUGACAUUUAAUUUUACCCUGAGCAUUUAGCUGCACUAUUAAUAUAUACAGUAAGGAUAGAAGAAGAACAGGUGGGGGUAGAAGAAAGGCUACAGAAGUAGACAACAGAGCCAGGGCCAAACUCAGCAGCAAAAGCAUUGUAUAGACUGUGUUCUUCAAGACUGGUCAGACAAAGGGGGUGAAAGGUUGGACAGUAUGACAGCACAUAAAUGACUCUAGGAAAGGCUCCUCACUCAACUGCACAGUGACACAUGUCUAUGGCUAUGGUAUUUAGUAUCUUUAUUUCUACAAGUACAAGGUAUACAGGCCUAGCUGACAUCAAUGAUAUACUACUAAUAGCAAGGAUGUUAACUGCACUAGACAUUCAAGACAUUUAAGGAACUUAUCCUAUGAAUGGAUAGGGAAUUAUCCCCUUAUAGGUUAUAUUCAGACUCCACCAAAUUUGCCAAACAAAUGAUUUUGCUUCAACUUGGUUUUCUAAAUUACAUUAUACUUUAUUAUUGUAUAGUACUAGUUAAAAAUUACUCCAGAAUAAUUCGCCUUACAUUCUGGUAGUUGUGUGUUCUUGAAAUGAAAGUCUGUGUAGUCCUUGUGGCUUAGCGCUUCUUUUUUGAUUAUAAUAAUAAUAAUUGAAAAGAAAGUGAGGAUUGUAGAUUAUUAUUAUAAAGGGGAAGCGCUAAACCCGUAGGAUUAUACAGCGCAGGUUGGGGGGAUGUGAAAGGUAUUCAGGCUUAAUUCAGGGAACUGGAGCACAGAUCCAAUUCCUUAGAUCAAGAGCUCCUCACCAGCAUCAAGGAACCUUCCUUGAGGGGAAAAGUGAGAGGAGAUGAUUCAUGUGGGGUAAACUGGACUGAGAUGGAUGGUUGUGGUUCUUGUACUGAUGUGGAUGCAGACUUGUCAGUUGUUGGUUCCAUUCGAGUACUCAUGUACAUGUUCUGUAAUAUGUCUCUGGUGUGUUUUACCCUUCAGCACUUUAUAAAGCUGACCAGAAAACUUUUUUUAGGAAGAUAAUUGCAUUUUUUAAAGCUUUCAAAGGCUCAUCUCCCUUCUCACACACAACUUUCUAAAAAGAUAGUGCUUUGUGCUUUAUUUUCUGGGACUUUCUUUUUUUUUUUUCCCAAUCCACACAUUCAAUAACUUUAACAUGUUAUUGAGCUGUAUUAGCCUUGACAUUUUUU